GUCCCAGACGACACCAUGGCUGCUCUUUCGGCCUUGCUGAAAACCCUGGUGGUGCUGCAGACGCUCUGUCUGGUGCUGGCCCAAGUGAGGGGUCCGCCUGGACCUCAGGGCCCUCCAGGUCCGCCGGGCCCUUCAGGUACCCCUGGGUCAGACGGCAUAGAUGGAGAAAAAGGAGCGCCUGGAUCCCCUGGUCCACCAGGACAAAAGGGAGAACCAGGUGAGCCUGGUCCUGAUGGAGUACCAGGAGAGAAUGGCAUUGAUGGUUUGAUUGGUGCUAAGGGUGAUCGAGGUCCCAUUGGGAGACUUGGUCCAAAGGGGCAGCCUGGGCCAAGUGGUGAGCCUGGUCCUCCUGGACCUGGUCUUCCUGGACUGGCUGGUAUUGCAGGGCCAAUUGGUCUUCCUGGUGAAAUUGGACAAACUGGGCCAAAGGGUAUCAUAGGACCUCCAGGACCUCCAGGACUUCCUGGGCCUGCUGGCAAGCCAGGCCCUCCAGGGAAGUUCAUUGGUGGAGAAGAAGGCAGUGCAGACUUCCAGUGUCCUAUUAACUGUCCAGCAGGACCAAAGGGCCCCCAGGGAUUGCAGGGAGUGAAAGGACACAAAGGGCGCACAGGAAUUCUUGGAGACCCUGGCAGCAUUGGGAAAACGGGCCCUAAGGGAGAAAUAGGGGCUUCUGGGGAACAAGGCAUCCCAGGACCUCUGGGUCCAGUGGGUCUGAGGGGUUACCCAGGAAUGAUGGGCCCAAAAGGAGAGACAGGGCCUCGUGGUUACAAGGGCAUCAUCGGCCCAGUAGGGAUUCCCGGACCCCCAGGUGAAGAGGGGCCUCAGGGACCACCUGGAGAGCCAGGAGACAAGGGGGACAAAGGCAGUGGAGGUAUUCAAGGUCCACAGGGUGCAGUUGGCAAAAAGGGGGAGAAUGGUCUGCCAGGCAUAGACGGAAAAGACGGUACACCUGGCAUUCCGGGAAUCAAGGGCAGCCCGGGGCAGGCUGGGAUGCCUGGUCCUCCCGGUCCUCAGGGAGCAGCGGGGUUGCCUGGUAGUCCAGGAUCAAAAGGUGGACCUGGGGCGAUGGGGGGGCCUGGUCCUAGAGGUCAUGUGGGAACACCUGGUGCACCUGGUCCUCAGGGUGAGCCUGGUCUUCCCGGUGAAGUUGGAAUGGAAGGAGUUCCUGGGCCCAAGGGUGACAGAGGCCAACAGGGACCAGUUGGGGAAGAGGGUAUAGUAGGCAAACCUGGAGGGAAAGGAGAGAGAGGUCCCAUGGGGAUUCCAGGUCCCCAGGGUCUUAGUGGCACUAAGGGAGAUAAGGGAUUCCAAGGAAAAGUCGGGCCAAAGGGAGACUUUGGUGAUCCUGGUGUUGAAGGACUGGCUGGUGAAACAGGGGAAAAGGGUUUGUCUGGAGAACCUGGGCCCAAAGGACAGCAAGGGGUGAGGGGUGAGCCUGGGUACAAUGGCCCCACUGGCGAUCCUGGUAAACCUGGAGACCAAGGACCACCUGGACUGCCUGGUCCUAGGGGAAUCAAUGGGGAGCGAGGUGUACCCGGCAUGCCAGGCAUUCUUGGAAUACCAGGACGUGACGCAUCUGACCAACACAUUAUUGAAGUGGUGUUGAAGAUGUUACAGGAGAGGUUAGCAGCCGUGGCGGUGAGUGCCAAGAGGGCUGUGCUUGGUGGCGCAGGUGUUAUGGGACCUCCUGGACCUCCUGGACCUCCGGGACCACCUGGCCCACAAGGGCAGCAUGGCCUACCUGGUACCCGUGGCAUCCCUGGCAUCAUCGGAGGCCCCGGGCAGAUUGGAAACACAGGACUUAAAGGUAAGAGAGGUGCAAAGGGAGAGAGAGGAGAUCCUGGUAAAGCCCACCCAGGACAACCUGGUCCCCCAGGAAUACAAGGUCCUCCUGGUGUUGAUGCUGUGGCUCGGAAUGGUAGACACGGUGAGCCAGGGCCUCAAGGAGUAGCUGGAGAGGCUGGUCGUCCCGGUAAGGCGGGUUUACCAGGUCUACUAGGGUACUGUGAAGCUGCAACGUGUCUAGCUGCAUCUGCAUACACCUCCCCGAGGCUACAGGAGGCAGGCACCAUCAAAGGACCCAAUUUUUAGAAACGGUCCUCUCCAUCAGCCGUUCAUAACACCUGGGAGACAGCGAAAGAGAGGGAGAGACAGCGAGGAGGCGGGUCCACUCUUCUCAGUUGGACAACAUCAAGAAUGAGGAGUGGGGGAUAUCAGUGUGGUGCUCGGAUACAACCCCCUCCUAAAACUGACAAGCUGAAGUUUCGACUGAUGGGACGUAACUCUGAUCUUAAUCUCCUGCAUCACCAUGACAACUACAGCUCCCAGCCACCCACAUCCUUCUGAAUUCUCCAGCAUUUCGGAUGAUGUCAGCCCAUCCAAAUAUCCCAUCCCCAGUUCCCAGCGUUUGGCGAUGAACAGAUUCAUGCACGUUCACUCGUCUCCGCUGUAUCACUGAGAGGACCUGAAAACAAAGCAGGAUGAAUCAUGCUUCAUUUUUAUCAAGUGAUACACAACAUAUGUAAGACUUUGUUUUUAUGUGUUUGAAGCUAACCCCCUUUUGCUUCUCUUGAAUCGUACGUGGAAAAAAAGGACCAAUAAAUGAUUGCAUCUUCACCUCAAUACUGUACUUUUGGAAGACUUUGCUAACCUAUGUGUACAUUACCCCCCAACGCCGCCACCACCCCCCUACUCUGGCCCUACCCAAAGUCUCAUUUUAGAAAGUAACAACUAGCUUUAUCUCCUCUUGUUGCCUAGCAACACCAUAUCCCAUCUCCCACAAUGCAGUGCUGUAAAUCUUUGUAAAUUGUGUGUUGAUUAUUAUGUAGCGGAAAAGGAAUGGGUUAUGAUAUGCACCAAUACAAAUCCUGUGUUAAUGAAUGAAUAAAAGUUCCCGCAGAGUU